GUGUCAUCAUCAUAUCACAUGAUUUCUCUACUAUUGUUAUUGUAUUUAAAGUGUCAAUCAUUCACCAGGCUCCUUUAGAUUCUUGGAGAGUAACUAGUGACACGGCAGUGCUGCUGCGGCGCGGUACUCGGCAACACCAAUCUGUGCACACUCGGAACAAGCAAACAAACACCGGGGCAUCUGGGAAACGGGUCAUCUGAGGAAAGAGGGAAGUUAUUUUGUGUGUUGUUUGUUUUUUUGUUUUAGUUCUGCACGAUGUUGAGCUAUCUGCCCUUCCUGUCGCCCACGACAUGGACGCUGAUUCUACUGCUGGUCGGCCUGCUUGUUGUGUAUGGAUACUGGCCCUAUGGCAUAUUCAAGACGUUGGGGGUCCCAGGCCCAAAGCCUGUGCUGUUCUUUGGGAACAUGCUCAACUACAAAAAGGGCUUCCACAAUUUUGACCAGGAUUGCUUCAAGAAGUACGGCAAGAUGUGGGGGAUUUAUGAUGGGAGGCAAGCUGUUCUUAGCAUCAUGGACUCAGAGCUGAUCAAAACCAUCCUUGUUAAGGAGUGCUACUCCAUUUUCACCAACAGACGGAAUUUCCGUCUGAAUGGUCCCAUGUAUGAUGCCGUGUCAAUUGCAGAGGAUGAGGACUGGAGGAGGAUUCGUAGUGUGUUGUCUCCCUCUUUCACCAGCGGACGCCUGAAGGAGAUGUUUGCCAUCAUGAAGACUCACUCCGCCAACCUUGUGAGCAGCAUGAAGAAGGAUGCAGACCAGGCCAAACCCUCCGACACCAAGGAGUAUUUUGGCGCGUACAGCAUGGACACCGUGGCCAGCACAGCCUUCAGUGUGGACAUUGACUCCCUCAACAACCCCAAAGAUCCCUUCGUCUCCAACAUCAAGAAGAUGCUCAAGUUCGACCUGCUCAACCCCCUCUUCGUGAUUAUCGCUUUCUUCCCCUUCAUGGCUCCUAUCUUCGAGAAGCUGGGGUUUGCCUUCUUUCCCACCUCUGUGACGGACUUCUUCUAUAAGUCACUGCAGGCCAUUAAGAACCAGAGGCAAGCCAGCACCCAAAAGAGACGAGUGGACCUCCUGCAACUCAUGAUGGACUCUCAGACUCAGGACGAAAACGAAUCUGGCAAUGACAACAGCAUUCACAGAGGACUGAGCGACCAUGAGAUUCUAUCCCAGUCAAUGUUUUUCCUCUUUGCGGGCUACGAGACCAGCAGCUCCACCAUGAACUUCCUCUUCUACAACCUGGCCACACACCCAGAGACCCUCAAGAAACUCCACGAGGAGAUUGACCAGGUCUUCCCAGACAAGGCUGAUGUCCAGUACGACCCCCUGAUGCACAUGGAGUAUCUGGACUGUGCCCUGAACGAGACGCUGCGUCUCUACCCUCCCGCCCCGCGCACGGAUAGGGUCUGCAAGAAGACGGUGGACAUCAACGGCGUGCUCAUCCCCAAGGACAUGGUCGUCAUGGUACCCAUCUACGCCCUCCACAGAGACCCAGAGAUCUGGCCCGAGCCAGAGGUCUUCAAACCAGAGAGGUUCAGCAAGGAAAACAAGGACAACAUUGACCCCUACACGUUCAUGCCGUUCGGCCUCGGACCCAGGAACUGUAUUGGGAUGCGUUUCGCUCUGGUCAGCAUGAAGCUCGGCAUCGUGCAGCUACUGCAGAGAUUCACCAUUGCCACCUGCGCAGAGACAGAGAUCCCAUUGGAGUUGGACACGAUGGGCCUGUUGGCCCCGAAGAGACCCAUUAAACUGCAGCUGAUUCCCAGAUCAGCUGGAACCCAGCCCAGCCCCAGAGGAUGAACACCCACACCAUCCAUCCACCCAUCCAUCCAUCCAUCCAUCCACCCACACCAUCCAUCCAUCCAUC